UGGAAAUGGAAAUGGAAAAAAAGAAAAAGAAAAAGAAAAAAGGUAAAGAAAAAUCAGUAAGGUUAGAUGAAAUUUGGAAUGGAGUUUGGACUUGAUUUUUGAUUUGGAGUUACUCAGUAACCUUCCUUACCUAUUUAUUUUUUCGUGUUUGUUUCUUGUCAUGUCGGCCAGUCGGGAUUGAAGCGUGAAGCAAGCUUCUAUCCAUCCCAGAAUCCUCGGUGGAGUUUGAGCCCGAAUUUAUUUUCUACAGCUUCACAUUCACACUCACAUUCACAAGCACAAGCACAAGCACAAGCACAACUUCAAUACCAAAAUAUCACAUCUUGCGACGACAUAGGAAACCCUCACUUUUACCCUCCACCACCACCCCCGACACCAAAAUGUCAACACCACAACAAGCCCUCAAAGUAAAAAGAAUCAUAUGGACGGGUGCAAUUGCAUCGGUCACCGUUGUUGGCACAAUAUAUGGUGCUGGAUUAAAGACACGGGGAGAACAAAAACAGGUACCUCAUACUUCCCACCUCUCGCAUCUAUCAUCUAUCAUCUGCAAUUUCAAUUUGAAAAUAAUAAAGAAAAUCAAACUAAUACGCCCCCAGCAAGUCCGCAAAAUUCGCGAAGCAACACUUUCAGAACGAAUCGCACAUCUAGAAGAGCAAAGAGGGGUAUUGGUGGGAAAGAGGAUGGGACUGGAGAAAAAAAUCGAAGAGGCGCGCAUGAGGAGGAAUGGGGCGACGGUGGAAGAAAGUACAAGGGGAAUGGAGAGGAAGAGGGGUGAGGCUGUGGGACCGACGAUGGGGCCACAGACGCCGCGGGUUACAGUGGAGGAUAAUUUGAGGGUUGUGGGGAUAGAAGCGGAAGUUGAGGAGGGAAGAAGGGAGGAAAGAAAAGAGGUGGUGGUGAUGGGGUAUGGAAUAUGAGGGGUCUAAAGAUGCUACAAUGGUAAAUGAGAUGAGACAAGAUACGGAUCAGAAGAGGGGUGACAAAUGCAAUGUCCAAGAGCUUGGGGAUGAGGUUGGGUGUCGUUGAUCAUGAUCAUCAAAACUCUCAAGGGAUUGCAAGGAGGAAAAGAGAUGAUGAAUAUCUCGCCGAACAAAAGAGACAGAGACCCCAAGUCUGAUGGGAACAAUUUAACAAUAGGGGCGCCAGAAUUGAAGAUUCACCCUGUCCAGAGGAAGAGAGGGAGGGGACUAUCGACUGGCUCUCAGCAAAUCCAAAGUCCAAAAUCAACAAUCCCGAGAAGCUUAUUAUCAUAGACGAAAGAAUAGGAGAAAGGCCUAAUGUCACUCGCCCAGGAAAUGGCUGCUCGAAGGUUUUUUGACCGAUCCAUUACGCUUCCUAAGUCACCCUCUCGAAGUCUUAAAAAUCAUCGAGAGAUUAUCAUGUCAAUCAUGAAGUGGACACAGAAAAAUCUCCCUAUACCCGGGCAAACUUUAUUUAACAGAAUAUCCGGACCUGGUUCAAAUCGUCGUCACAUAUCCAACCCUGAUGGCAAGCAAGUUAUAAGUUUAUCGUAGCGGUCGAGUUCCGGAUACUCAUUGGACAAAAAUAUAUAUCGAGUCAGUGGCAACGCUGGCUACAAUAUCAUCAGGAAAUACAUAUGUUGACGUUGUACUAAUUUUCAUGC